AUGUGGGAAUAGAUGUGACUUGGACCAGAUUGCAUGUGGUCCGUCCCAUGUGGGAAUAGAUGUGACUUUUGGACCAGAUUGGGUGUGGUCCGUCCCAUGUGGGAAUAGAUGUGACUUUUGUACCAGAUUGGGUGUGGUCCGUCCCAUGUGGGAAUAGAUGUGACUUUUGGACCAGAUUGGGUGUGGUCCAUCCCAUGUGGGAAUAGAUGUGACUUCUGGACCAGAUUGGGUGUGGUCCAUCCCAUGUGGGAAUAGAUGUCACUUUUGGACCAGAUUGCAUGUGGUCCAUCCCAUGUGGGAAUAGAUGUGACUUCUGGACCAGAUUGCAUGUGGUCCAUCCCAUGUGGGAAUAGAUGUGACUUUUGGACCAGAUUGGGUGUGGUCCGUCCCAUGUGGGAAUAGAUGUGACUUCUGGACCAGAUUGUGUGUGGUGUGUGAGCUCCGAUAGUUUAGAAAGCUUUCAGAAUAGAAUAGAAGAUAACUUUAUUUUUCUCAAGAGGAAACUUGGGUUGAGGCAUUCGGAUAGUCACAGGUGUUUGUCUGUGUGUUUUAGACAGACAAGUGUUGGAAGAGAUACAUCCAAGGCCAGAUUUUCAGCUGUUGUUUUCUCUGUAGUUCAGAGUGAAUGUGGUGUUAAAGGCUCUUGUGUUUCUAUUUGCCCAGUUGCUCGUUUAUAAGCUCUGUCAAAAAGGACUGAAGUUUGUUUAGAGAUAAAGCUUUGGCAUGGUAGAGGUGGAUUGUCGCUGUAUGUCUUAUAAUUGUAAACUUGAAUUGAUGUUGUAGUUUCACAGUUUACUUCAAAUGGCUUAUGGAUUGUUUGAGGUUAUUCCAAUAGAUUUGUUGAGAUUCAACUAUAUACAAAGGAAAAUCCAAUUGGGUAAUUUCAUACAUUCUGAACAUACAUUUUGUGAAUGUCAGCUGUAUUUUCUGAAAGGACCUAUUUUGGUGCCAUAAUCCUUAUGGACUCCUGCGUGACCAAAGAUUUCAGGAAAUGAGAGUCUUGUUGAUUUGCUAUCAACCUUGGGAAGGGUUAUAUUGUACAGAUUCAAAGACAUUCAUUCAUCAACCCCUCCCUCUUUAACCAGCAGGAAUUAUACUCUUGAUGUUGUUGGACUGCUGUGUUACAUUUGGGUAAACUGAUCCAAGCAAAUUAUUGAUCAAGUUAUUGACCAUUCAUUAUCUAAUGUCUGUUGCAUUUCUUUUUGAUAUGCAAUUGCGCAUGACUUGCAUUGGGUCAACCUUGAAAUCCUUGGUUUCUACCCCGCCCCGCCCCGCCCCGACCCCCCCAACCCCCCACCAAAUUACAUAAAAUAACAACAGCUCAAAAUGAAUAAACUGUUUACUGUUUGUUCAUCUCUUGACACAGGAAGUAAAACAAAACAACAGGCCAAAAUGUCUGAUAAAAAGAUGACAGCGAGCCGUAGGAACUACCUGAAGAGCUUGAUGCUCCAGAUCGCUGCCGGCUUGCUCGAGGCUGAGGCGGUUGAGGCUGAGGCAGAGAAGGCCAGGUAUAUGAAGGAGAACUGCCCUGUGCCAGAAUUCUUGGUAUGCAUGGCAGAGCUCACGGACUUGUGCAAGAAGCUCCAUCAGAAGAUCGAGAGAGUUGAUGAGGAGAGAUACGACAUGUCAACCAAGGUGACCAAGUCCGAGAAGGAGGUUGAGGACUUGAAGAUGAAGGUAGUUGAACUGAAUGGAAAGUUCAGGAAGCCCGUCCUGAAGAAAGUCCGCAUGUCUGCUGAUGCUAUGCUCCAGGCUCUGCUGGGCUCCAAACACAAGGUGUCCAUGGAUCUGAGGUCCAACCUGAAGCAAGUCAAGAAGGAGGUCAAGGAAGAGGACAAAGAUGCUGUGGGUGACUGGCGUAAGAACAUUGAAGACAAAUCAGACAGAAAGAAGAUGUUUGAGACUCAUAAGGAGUAGAUGUUCCUGGAGUUCCAGACAGGAAGAUGUUUGAGACUCAUAAGGAGUAGAUGUUACUGGAGUUCCAGACAGGAAGAUGUUUGAAACAGCUACGUGACCCCCCCCCCCCAAAAAAAAAUAUAUAUAUUGUGCAAUAUUUAUACUAAU